AUGGAGGGAGAGAGGUUUGAAAACAAUGUAGGAAUGAGUGAAGAGCUCAUACAGAAAGCUUGUUGUCUAGCCAUGAAAGCUCACAAAUCUACUGGGAAGCCUUAUCUCUCCGAGAAGAGUCACAGCCCGUCUGUGACCAUCUUUGGCUUUGCUGGAUCGUGGUCUAUGGAUGAUUGGUUCAGUCGAAAGCCUUUUAGAGACAUGAAAGUCAACCGGGAAUUUUCUCCAUCUCUCAGAAGCAUUGGCAACGAUGAAAUCGCGACGGUGAAUGAGGCAUUUUAUAAUAGAUUCGAAGAAAUUAAAGCAAAAUCAUCGCUGGAAGUUGAGGUAUAUAAAGCAGUUUCAGAGAGAAGACAGAUUGUGUUUGCAGGGCACUCCUCAGGCGGUGCAAUAGCCAUCCUUGCAGCCGUUUGGUUCUUAGAGAAAUACAUAAGAUCACACACCACUACAAUUCCUCCGAAAUGUGUGACAUUUGGGUCCCCACUUGUCGGUGAUCGGAUUUUCCAACAUGGUCUCGGGAGAGAGAAAUGGGCUCCUCACUUCCUCCAUUUUGUGCUGAGAUAUGAUAUUGUCCCCCGUAUAAUGCUCGGUCCCGUCUCAUCCAUUGAACAAGAACUCCUACCAAUUCUUGAUCUCUUCAAACCGAAAUCCUCAUCGUUUGAGCAAGAAUUCAGUGGCAUAUCCAGUAUAGCUUCAACUUUUUUUAAGACUGUCAUGAUGAAUGCGUCAUUAGUUGCUAGCCAUGCUGCUUGUAAUCUUAUGGGAUACACAAAUUUGCUGUUGGAAACCGUCUCUAGCUCCAUUGACGUUAGCCCUUAUAGACCUUUUGGUACCUAUAUCUUCUGCACUGGAAAUGGAAAACUGGUUGUUUUGAGGAAUCCGGACGCUAUCCUUCAGUUGCUGUUCUACAGUGCUCAGCCAAGCUCUGAAGCAGAAGCAGCAGGAGUUAUUUAUAAAAGCUUCAGAGAACAUCUGAUUUAUGAAGAUGAAGUGAAAGAAAGCUUAAACAUGCAAGAUGUGGUUUAUCUAGAUUAUUCAGACGAUAUGGCAACAACAGACGCAGUCCUCAAUGACCUUGGCCUGAACACAGGAGCUAGAUUGUGUCUUCAAGCUGCUGGAGAGACGGAGAAGAAAAAGUUGCAAAACCAGGAAAAGACAAAUUCACUUAAGGUCAUCAUUGAAAAAGGACUAACAAAGAUUCAAGUUUACCAAGCCGAGUGUGUAGCACGCAACGUGGGUUCUUAUGAUGCCUUCAAGAUUCACAAAUAUGACAGCGACUUCUAUGCCAAUGUGACGAGGGUCGAGCUGACAGACGCGUGGGAUCCCAUCAUUGAAAUGUUAAAAAAGUAUGAACUUCCAGAUGACUUUGAGGGCCAGAAAGAGUGGAUAGAGCUAGGAACCAGGUAUAGGCGAGUGGUUGAGCCUCUAGACAUUGCCAACUACUACAGACACUUUAAGGGUGAUGACACUGGACCUUACUUGAUUAAGGGUAGGCCAAAACUUUACAGAUACACACAAAGAUGGCGAGAGCACGCUGAGAGAAUGCCAGUUGGAUCGAGCUCGGAGUCAUCUUUCUUGGCUGAGGUGGAGGAAUUAAGAACAAAGGCAUUUGAUGAUGUGAAGGGGAGAAUUCUGACCUUAGAGAAACAAGUACUCAAUUGGGUUCGUGAUGGGGAGCUACGCAACGACAUUUUCUUGGAUGAAUCAACCUUUGUCAAGUGGUGGAAAAUGCUUCCUCCUCAACAUAGAGCAGCAUCCUGCAUUUCAGAGUACAUGAGCGGUUAG